AACACAUGGCUCAUGUUUUGUUUUGAUCAAAAAUAUACUUUUAAAAGUUUUAAUUCAAUAUAAAUUUUAUUUCAAAAGUCAUUAUAAAAAUGGCUAAUAAAGGCAAUGAAGUAGCUGCUACAUCUCAAGAUAAGGAUGAUGACAUUUUAAUCUGUCUACCUGGGGAACGCCUGUGCCGGGUCGAAGACAAUGUUAUUGUGGGUGAGGGAACCUACGAACAAGGCGGUUACAUUUAUGCCUCCAAGUCUGGAAUAGUUAACAUAGACGAAUCCACUGAAACGUGCCAAGUUGUGAGCGUACAUAAGCCAGGAUUUCAUUUAACCAUCCCGGCAACUGGUGACGUGGUUACAGCCCGCAUCCUGGUGACGACACCUAAAUUCGCGAAGUGUGCUAUAUUUUGUGUUAGAAACAUCCUACUCGAGAGCAGCUAUCGAGGUGUGCUGCGGAAAGAGGAUGUGCGUGAAACUGAAAAGGAUCGAGUGGACAUUUAUAAAUCAUUCAAACCCGGCGAUGUUAUACUGGCCCGAGUUCUCAACCAGAUGGAGCAAUCAUUUACCUUAAGCACCGCUGAGGCAGAGCUUGGCGUGGUGAUUGCUUAUGCUAGUGAUAUACGCAAAAACCGUAUACCUAUGGUGCCCAUUGGUUGGGGUGAAAUGCAAUGUCCAAAAACAAUGAUUAAGGAGUCGAGAAAAGUGGCUAAAGUUUUGCCAGAAAGUUCAAUAAAAUUAAAUACAUAAAAUAAUUUUUUUUUUUGUUAAUAU